AUGGCUCCUGAGAACUGUACCGUCAUUACUGAGUUCAUUCUUUUGGGAUUGACUGACCAUGCUGAACUGAAGAUGAUGCUCUUUGUUUUAUUUCUGAUGAUUUAUGCUGUUACCUUGUUAGGGAAUCUGGGCAUGAUUGUGUUAAUCUGCAUCACUCCCAAACUGCACACACCAAUGUACUUUUUUCUCAGUUGCCUAUCGUUGGUAGAUGCCUGUUAUUCGUCAGUCAUUGCACCAAAAAUGUUGAUUGGUUUCUUGGUAGUAACAGAAACCAUCUCUUUCUCUGCCUGCAUCAUGCAACAUUUGUUUUUUGGAGUGCUGAUUACCACCGAAGGUUUCUUGCUGUCAGUGAUGGCUUAUGACCGUUAUGUGGCCAUUGUCAACCCAUUGUUGUAUAAUGUGUCCAUGUCUAAGAGAAAGUGUAUUAUGCUGGUCAUUGGGUCAGUCAUGGGUGGAGCUAUUAAUUCUUUGACACACACUAUAAGUUUGAGUAAGCUCUCUUUUUGUGGGCCUAACAUAGUGGGUCACUUUUUCUGUGACAUACCAUCACUGUUGAUACUCUCAUGUUCUGAUACCUCCAUGAAUGAAUUUUUGCUUUUGAUCUUCUCUGGAGUUAUUGCCAUUGGUACUCUCUUCAUUGUGGUCAUAUCCUACUUAUUCAUUGCUCUGGCCAUUUUGAGAAUACGCUCAGCUUCUGGACGACAAAGAGCCUUCUCUACCUGUGCUUCUCACCUGACUGCUGUGACUAUAUUCUAUGGCACCUUAAGUUUUAAUUACAUUCAGCCAAGCUCCCAGUAUUCUGUAGAACAAGAGAAAGUGGUGUCGGUGUUCUAUACACUGGUGAUCCCCAUGUUAAACCCAAUGAUUUACAGUCUCAGGAACAAAGAGGUGAAAGGAGCUGCAAAGAGAGCCAUAGAAAUGAAAUUCUUCUCAUGUUAA